UCUAUGAAUUGCUCCAUACAUGUGAUUUAAAAAUUUUACGAAUUCGUAAAAUUACAGAUAUUAAUUAUAUUCGUAAUUCAAUUAUGUUUAAUCGAUUUUGGUGUUUAGAACGCUCAGUUAUUGACCGAAAAAAAGGUUUAGCAUUUGGUCAACAGCUACAAUUUUUUUGCUCAAAUCAUGAAGAUAUUCCGAUCAUUAGAAUUCCAAAAUAUAUGGAAAAUAAUUUGGGCAAUACAAUUUAUCAUGAACAUCGUAAAGUAAAAGAAACGAAUAAAAAACGACGUCAAAAAGCAGCUAAUCCAUUGAAUCCUGAACAUUUUAAUAAAAAAAUUAUUAGCUGGACAGGAGAUAAAAAGUUUUUUCAUUAUUAUGGUCGCCGAUAUGAUCCCAAUAAUGUUCCGUUGAUAUCGAAAUUUUUUCUCAAAGAAACUUCAAAUGGACAAUGUAUGACUAUUCAUAAUUUUGAUACGAAUCCUUCAGUGAUGACUGGUAACGAUCCAAAAUCAUUCGAAUCUUUAGGACUAGGACAAAAUAUCACUCAAUCCAUUUAUGACCUUAUAAAUGGCGGUCGUUCUAUUAGUCCUUCAUUGAUACAAUCAGCAGUCAUACCAUUAAUACUUCGUUACAGAAAUGUUGUGUUUUCUGCUGAAACUGGCAGCGGAAAAACUAUGACCUAUCUUACUCCAUUAAUUCAACUUAUUCAACAAACUAAAGUUGUUAAUUCGAAUCGUAGUCGUAAAUGUCCUUUGGGAUUGAUUGUAUUACCAUCAAGAGAAUUAACUGAACAAGUUGGAGUUGUUGCCAAACAAUUAUGUGCAAAUACCGAUGUUGGUGUGGCAACGAUGAUUGGCGGAUUACCAAAACAUCUGCAUCAAACAGGUAUCGAUUUAGUCGUAACAACUAUUGGCAUAAUUGAAUCACAUUUGAAUAAUGGUGUUUAUUCACUUCGAAAUUUGAACCAUAUCGUUAUUGAUGAGGCUGAUACGUUAUUGGAUGAUUCUUUUACGUAUGAAACGAUGGAUUUACUGGAAAAGUUAAAUAUCAAUCAUGGUCAGAACUGUGAUGAUGACAAAGAGGAAUGUAACAAUGAAUCUAAUGAAUCGCAUGUCCUUAAUGGUACACAAUUAAUAUGUGCUAGCGCAACGAUGCCUAUGACAUUAGAUUCAACUAUUGGAACAUUGGUCGACAUGCAAGCUGAUAUUGAUCAAAUAUCGACCAAAAAUCUUCAUACAUUACAUCCAAACAUCAAACAUUGCUUUUACAGAGUUAAUCGAUAUAAGAAAGAAAUCAAAUUGUUCGAAUUAUUAUUCGAAAGUCGAGCGCGAAAAUCACCCGUCAUUGUGUUUGUCAAUCGAGCCAGAGCUGCUGAUUGGCUAUUUUCAUUUCUUAACGAAAAUGAAUUUCCUUGUGUUCGAUUAACGAGUACGAUGGAAGAAGAAGAACGUUGUCAGGCUUUUCAAUUGUUUCAACAAGGCGAAUAUGAUAUACUUGUUGCUACCGAUCUUGGAUCACGAGGCCUAGAUACAUGUCGAGUGAAACAUGUCAUCAAUUUUGAUUGUCCCCAUUAUGUUGCCGAUUAUAUUCAUAGAUCUGGCAGAACAGGACGUCUCGGGUCAUCAUUUGUCGGUCAUGUUUCUACAUUAGUUUCAUACAAACCAGAUGCCUACAUGUUAAUAGAAUUAGAACGGUCAUUACGUUUAUGUGAACCAAUCGCUACGGUCAAUGCUAAUAUCAAAGCACAAAUUAGUCAACAUCGUGUCGAUAAAUGGCAAAAAAUUCAAAGAAAUAAUAUUUAAUAAACAAAAUUAUUCAUUGAUUAAAUAUA